AUGUACAAUACCAAAGACGCGACCUAUUGUCUGGCCGUCAACGAGACGACAGGCCAGACCGGACUCGACCCUCCCAUUCAACCGAAUUACGAUACCUGUGGUGUACCUAAUCUUCGUCUAUCGAAACGAGUUGUCGGCGGAACUGAAACAAAGCCGCAAGAGUUCCCAUGGAUUGUCGCACUCGCAUAUAAUGGACAGCUUAUAGGAACCGGUUCUCUAAUCUCCGGUAAUGUUGUCUUAACUUCAGCUCAAAGACUGAAACAACUAUACGAUUCAAGCGAUAGUCAACCCGAUAUCAAAGUACUUAUUGGCGCACACGAUGUCACCAAAUCUGAGUCUUCAAAGCGUGUCUUUAGAGUGAAUCAAAUUAUAUUUCACCCAAAGUUCGGCUACAAUACCCCUCAGGACAACGACUUUGCGCUAUUAGAGCUCAAACCGGCCGCAGAUGGCUCUUACCCGACACAGAGACCCAUAUGUUUGCCCAGAACUGACACCCCGUACAGCGUUGGCACGGCCUUAACGGGCGCCGGUUGGGGCCGAACGUCCACCUAUAGCUCCGGAAGUACUGUCUUAAGAAAAGUGACAUUACAUCUGUCGAAAAGAUCCGAAUGCAGUCAAACCUAUCGCUAUUCAGUAACCGAUUCAAUGGUUUGCGCCACCGAUGAAAACAAAGACAUGUGUUUGGGAGACACUGGAGCGCCACUCAUGGCGUACUUCGAGGGCCGCAUGUAUUUGUAUGGCGUGUAUUCGUGGCAGUCAUCGGAGGGCUGCGCCACCGGUAAGCCCAGUGUCUUCGGCGAUGUCAGGUAUACUCUCGAGUGGAUCCGAGACGUGACCAACAAUGCCAUCAGAACCGCAUAACCUAUUCUUUGAUCUUUUCCCUCAAUAAAAAACUUUUUAAAAACUUUUAAUUCAAUAAACAAUUAAAUCAUUCAAUGGAUUGCGUGUACAAUAAGAGAGUAUAAUAAGAGUCAAUAAAUUUAAUUUAAUUUAUUAUUAAAUA